AUGUGCUGUUUUCCCCUUCUUCGCGCCCAGUCGGAGUCUUCCAGUAGUCAAAAAACAACAUCCGACACAAAUCGGUCACCUAUAAGCAGUCUUAUUAACUCCGGUCAGAGCAAUCGCGGAAGUAAUCUUGGAGUGGCCGGACCACCGGGUGGAUUCCCAUUGAUGGUAGCCGCAGAGACGCUGGCUGCCAGCUUUGGCGUCCACAUGAAUCGAAGUCAAGCUGGAAUUCUGGACCCGACUUCACGAAUUACACUGAAGAAAACCUCUUCUGGAGCCUCGAAGUCGGGCUCUAGUUAUAGCUCCCUCCAAUCUCCUCACGAUUCGCCAAGUCCCACACCGGACGUGGGAUCCUCGCAUCAUAAGAGUAGUCUUCUGCGUUCCACGUUCGCGCGUAUGCGACAAGUUGCUAUGGGGGGAACACAAGUGAAUUCUUCAACCACUACUCCGAGUGCCACCAUCACUGCUCCCACCUCCUCCUCGUCGUCAUCUUUCCUUGCCGGUACCUCAACAUCCACUCCCAGUGCCUCCACCUCUUCUCGGUCUGCCUUUCAUCAGCGUCUGUCACACUUCUCUCAGACGUUCGCUCACGACAAGUGCAGCCCACGACGUCGUAAACUUAACCAGAUCCAUCGGAGCUACCAAUCCUGUCAGUCUCCACAUCCUUCUGACAUGGCUGUUGACUCAGAGGCGUCUUUUUAUGCAGCUGAAUCACGGGACAAGAGGUUCGCCCAACUGCAUCUACCUUUGACAGCCGUCCUAGAACCGAAUAACUCCUUCCUCCAGUCCAUUGGCGAUGAAGUGCCUGUCAGUGUACAGGGUAUUCGAUGGAUCUUGCCUAAUUUUAUUGCUCUUGACCUUGGCGCAGCCAAUGAAUUGGCAGUAACCAUGCCCAUGCAAUUGGCCGUGGUCGACGCUGCCAUGGUUGCAGCGAGUGGUGGGACUAGUACCUGCGUAGAAGCAUCCGGAGCCGGCGUAGGACGCGCCGUUCAAGCAGGCGAGGCCGACCACGAAGAGUACGGUCGAACCUCCUUAAUGCAGCAAUCACACCUCCCCGUGGAGCAUUCCACCGGAAAAGGAAUAGAAUCCACCUCUACAAUUAGAUCCAUCUCCGUCAGCACAGAAAUCAUGAAUACUUCCCAUUCUCAAAAGGAGUUCAAUACCCAGACAACUCGGAGAUUGCUGCGAAGACCCACUGACCCUAACAUGAGCAUCGAAUCGGAACCUGGUGAUUUUCAGGAAGCAGUCCUACUGGACCCACCAAUUCUCCACCCUGAGAGAUCGCUGGUUGGUUCCCUCCCUCUUCAUCAAUGUGCAAGGAGCACAUUUUCGGCCUUCGUUCCAUUUGUGGUGGAGCUAUGCGUAACAUUAGUGGAGAAAUUCGGCCUCAAUUGCGUGGGCAUUUACCGGGUUUCGGGCAACAAGCUAGCUCAUGAUUUUAUGGCAGCUGAGCUCUGCAAACAACUGGGAGACAUUGAUGCAACCAAUGAGAAAUGGAAUGAUAUUCACGCCUUGGCUUGCGUGCUGAAAACCCUUCUGCGUAAUCUGCCAGAUUCGUUAAUUCCAAAAGUCAUGUAUCCCGAGUUCCUUGCGGCAUCGCGUGUGGAGUCGUGGGAGCGUCGACUGCUCUCGGUGCAGCGUCUCCUCAGCAUCAUGGAAUGCUACCCCAAGCAUCCGGAAUAUCGAGUGCAUCGAGCCACUCUACGUUAUCUGGCCACCCAUCUGGCCCGCGUGGCCUCACGUCAAGCUGUCAACCGGAUGACGGCUUAUAACUUGGCGCUGGUUUUCGCGCCCAAUCUCAUUCAAUCGAACGAGGAUAGUCCCGAGCUCUUUAUUGCUGACUCAAAGUUUAAAAUUUGGCUCCUGGAAACAAUAAUCAAGUACCACAAGUGGGUGUUCUCGCCCGACUUAGGCCUGGAGAGUGGAUGUUUCGUGCCUGAGGACUCCGACAAGGUACUGUUGACGGACGAGGCAUUGGCGGAGGCGAUGGCCGCUUCAUCCUCGGGUGUCUUGCAGGACUUUGAAUUUGCUAAUCAGCCAGGACGCUCCGAAGGUGACGUCCGUCCUGUGCUUCAGGAGAUGCUUCAUGCAGCAGCCCUCCUCCCUCCCCCACCCUCCACUUCCGACCUUGAGGUGGCCGAGGAACCAGGUCCCAGUCUGGACAAACCGACUGACGUGGCCACGGUAGUUGAGCAAGCGCUUGAAUCUAGUGCCGUGGAGCUGCAAGAGAUACAACAGCAGCAACAGCACCAACAAUUGCAACAGCAUCAUCAGCGCCAGAGAAACCGACCUGUCAGUCAGCCAGGGGGGGAAAAUCGGUCUCACAAUCAGGAGAGGUCACUCUCGGUGGGACGACGGAGAGAAGAGCAUCAGGGGAAGGACAUCGAGUUAAUCACAUGUAGUGCUGCAUUUUCUCCGUACAAAGAGGUCUCUGACUCGCCAGAAAGACCCACCCUUCUAAUAAUCCCUGAAGACCACUGUGAUGUAGAGAGAGAAGACUCCUCAUCCGCUCGCAUGCAACAUUUGCUUCUGACACAGUCUCCUACCACACCACCACCAUCACCUCGCAUAUCAAGCUUUAACCAAUCCCUGAACCCUUCCACUAACAAUACCAACAAGACGGCGUCUUCCUCUCGUUGGCGUCCCUUCUACCGACAGCGUCGUCACAGUGGAGGUGAAGCACCUCAUAGUAAGUCAACAAUGGAGAUGGCAGUUGUCGGAGCAGGAGAGGAGAUCUACAGCAUCAGUCAUUUGGUGGCUUUUCGACGAACAAAAUCCUGUCGAAGGCGAGGCAACAACUCUAAUGAGGCGAGGGAAGCACUUUCCGAGUCCCUGGAGCUGACAAUCCAGGAGCCAGAGGAGCAUCCACAGCAAGUGCGAAAGCAAUCAACUUCGCCUUCGUCUAGCAAUGAACCGUCGUUCCGCGUUCGACACCAUAGCCUACGUAAAUGGUGGUUCCACUAA